UCUUCGGUGGGUGAAAUGGAUUUGCCGAUGUGCUAGAGUGCUAGUGGAUUAUAGAGGAACAUUGCUACCAGUUGCCUUCGUAAUGGUGAUUCACAUAGUUUCCUUCAUUUGAAAUCAUGGCGGUUUAGUUAGUUAGCGUAAUCUGUGUUCUCCUGCUAGGAUUAAUAGUCAAUAGUGUGGUUGAUCGGCUCGAAUUUUGGCAGAAGACAAUAUAAUCUGGUUACAGAUUGGAAAUGCUUCGUUUUGGUUUCAUAGCGUAUAAUUUGGUUCGUGGACUCUGCUGCUAGAAAACUCGACUUUUUAAAUAGCUUUACACCCUGCUAGCUUAAUCAAAUUGUGUGGUUUUUUCUGUAAUGGCUGAUGAACCUUGAUGCAAAUUAGCAGACUUCUGUUUCACCUGUUGAACCUUGUCACCUUUGGUAGUACUGUUCCAUACUUGAUUUUUUCCUUUGGAUUAGUGUUCCAUACUUGAUACUUCCAUGACAAUCAGUUCAAUUCUAUGUGGAGUUGCAGAGAACGAAAGUUCAGAGAUAUUCAGAGUGGAGACGGUAUUUGUGCUGCGAACAACUUGCAGCUUUUUUGCGUUCUUGCCUGCCUUAUUUCACUUACCAGGGAUCUGCAGUUAACCCCCAUGAAUGUCCUCAGAUACGCAUGUGCGCAUAAUCUUUGUGCGACUUUGAGUGCUGUUGGCUGUUGCACCUGAAAAUGGGGGUGGCAUCUUCUAAGAUGGAAGACGACAAGGUCCUUGUGUUAUGCCAGGAGAGGAAGCGUUUUGUAAGAGAGGCACUUGAUAGACGAUGCGCUCUUGCAUUUACUCACUACGAUUAUAUAGUAUCGCUUAAAGACACAGGUUCUCUUCUGAAAAAAUGUUUUGAAGGAGAUAAGGGUGCUGCAAAUGAGGAUGAUUUUGCAGAUUCAGAUCCAUCCACUGAAACAUUGGAGCAGGUUUCCAAGAACCGUAGUACUUCAACAGAACAGUCAACCACAUAUCAUGCCUCAAAAAGUGUAGCUUCAGAAAAUAUUGCUUCAGCAAACAGCCUCAAACACAAGAGGAGAGUAAUAGAUGUUAUUACAAAUGAAAAUGAUGAAAUUCCUGCCAUGAACCUAGUUAAUGUGGUGUCAUCUUCUGCGCCUACUCGUCACAUGGACUCCAAGGAACCUUAUCCUGAUGUAAGCAAUGUGGUGAGGGACUUAUCUUUAUGCAUGAAAGAGAUUGAGAUAUUAUUCUUUAGGGCAGGUGAUUCUGGAGAACAAGUCCCUAUGAUUCUGGAAGAAGAUAAAAUCCAGUUCCGCCCUCUGCUAUCUGAAGAAUUAGCACAUGGAUCAAAUGCAUCAAAUUUUCUUGCAACAUUUUUCAUCUGCUGCAAAGAGGAGGUUUCUGUUCCUAAACCUCCUCCUCAAGCUGAGAUAAAGUAUCUUACCUGGCAUAGAUCGGUGUCUUCACAGUUGUCACCAUCAAAAAAUCCUCCUGGACAUAUUCUUGACAUCCAUACAUCAACGCUAGAUAGAUUGUAUGCCUGGGAAACGAAGCUUUAUGAUGAAGUUAAGGCCAGCAGCUCCAUCUGCAAGAAGUAUGAUGAGAAAUGCAAGCAACUGAGCGACCAGGAGUCACGAGGGAAAAAUCAGAUCAUUACUGAUUUUACCCGUGCUACUGUAAAAGACUUGCAUUCCAGAGUCUUAGUGGCUAUUCAGAAAAUAGACUUCAUUUCUAAGAACAUAGAAGAUCUCAGGGAUAAAGAGCUUCAACCACAGCUGGAUAAACUAAUUGAGAAUUUAACCAGGAUGUGGGCAACCAUGCUUCAGUGCCAUCGGCGUCAACAUGCGGUCAUCAAGUUACUAUCCAGCAGGUGCAAACUAGAAAUACCACUCGACUCCGAGUCUCAAUGCCAAGCUGCCCUUCUCCUAUCGGUUGAGCUCAGCAAACUUUGCUUGAACUUCCAAAAUUGGAUUGCGUCACACAAGGCUUACCUGCACAGCCUAAACUUGUGGCUCCACAAGUGCAUGAAACCUCUGAAGAAGAGGAAGGGCUCCAGGAAGCAGAACGUCGUCGACGUUACACUAACAGAGUGUGCCGUUGCUCCCAUAUUUACAACUUGCGAGAUCUGGAUAAAGUUACUGGAGGAUUUACCGACCCAAGACUUGGAAGAAGCUAUCGAGGGUCUAACUGCAGAUAUAAGAAGACAUUUGCCACGCCAUUUGAAUCAAGGCCUCGAUCAGACGUUAAAUGAUGAGGAAGGGGUCCCUAGAAAUUAUACCACUGCAGAUAUACAGUCAAGCCUCGUGACAUUCAUAGCGAAGCUUGAAGCCUUUUCAGAAAAUUCAGUACAGAAAUACAUUGAUCUGCAGAAAGGCAUCGGUGCAGCUAAAGACAGGCUUCUGAGAGGGGCUUGAAGCAGUGAGUCCAAGUAACUCAGCUGGGUGAACAGCUACUUGAUGAAUCACUCUUAAUUUGACAGUCAAGUAAAGAAAUAAAUGCUAGCUUCUGGUGUAAAUAUGAAUUUUGCUGGCUGUAGCCAAAAAUAGAAAUCUGUAUAUGCCAUUUUCUGUCAACUGGAGAGACAGCAAAGUAUGGGGACAGCAUGCAUGGUUCAAACUUGUGGUACUGUAACUAAAUCUUUUUUCCAGAAUACAUAAAAUAGUACUACCUGUGACCCUGUUACA